AGCUGAAAAAAUCGGUAUGUUUUCAACGAGAGGAAGAAGCGUUGCUGUAUUACGCCGCCACUGCACCGAUUUUUAAAAACGGUUGCAACAUUUAUUUUAUACCUGGUUGGUAUUCGGCCAGCGGCUUUCUCAGCUCGCCAUGGCUCUGUGCGGGGGUGUCGGAGCCAUGGCUUUGCCUAGCGAGCUUAUUGUCCACAUAUUUUCCUUUCUGUCCGACCGAGACAAGCUCCGGGCCUCGGCCGUGUGUUCACGAUGGAGGGAGUGUCUCUUCUACCCAGCGCUGUGGACCGAGCUUAAAUUGCGGAUAGGUGGUGGUUGUAACGGCGGCGGCUCCAACUCCGAGGAGACCCCGAGGCUGGAGUUCCUCAUGCGUAAAUUCGGUUCCUUCGUGGGGGAGCUUCAACUGGAACUCGCACCGGUGGAAGGCUGCCUUAGUCCUCUAAACAACGACCCGUCGUCCACCAGGAUGGACCAGCCCGAUAGCGACCCGCAGCUCUCCCAGCGAUGGAGAGACGCCAUGGCCACCUACUUGGACCAGGUGUUGUGUGUGUUCUCCAGCAUCCGCAACAACAGAAACCUGCGGAAGCUGAGUCUGUAUGGAGACACCGGUGUUCUCCAGCAGGAGGGACUAUUGGACAGCUCCCACCUGCACCAAAUUCACCAGGGGGAUAAAAAGAUCAAUGAAAUCCAGCAGUUGUUCAUGGAGUUGUUGUCUAACAGCAGGCAGCUGCAGUGGUUGUCCUGUAGUUUCAUGCUGGGUCUGGUGACUCCCUGCUCCUUGGCCUGCCUGUCAAAUCCUUCCGCCGAGACCCUGCAGCACCUCAGUUUACUGGACCACCAGCUGGGUCCCCUCAUCUCGCCAUCAGAGUUGGAUCGUCUAUCUAAUCUUCAUUCUCUGGCUCUGGAUUUCUCUGAUUUGACAUCUGAGCUUUGUGGUCUGCUGGCUUCUCCACGCCGAACUCCACUGCAUCGCAUCUCCCUGCUGCUCAAUGGCGCCGCCCUGGAGUUCAAACCAUUAGAAGGGACCGCUACAGACGACGAUUGGAAGGCACUGAUUCGUGUUAGUGCCAACCUGCGAGUGUACAUCAUGGCCCUGGAGGUCAACAGCUCAGAGCUCCUUGGGGUCCUUAAGCCUAGCCUUCCUCUGGAGCGCCUCCACCUCGACAGUUACAGCACACUUGUAACUGACGCCACAUUGGAGCUCAUUUCCCAGCAGUACAACAGGACACUGACUCACUUCCUGCUCCUGAGGGAUGACCCCGACUUCCCUGACCUCAGCAUCAAUCGGAACGAAGACCCAUUGGUCCUCUUGGCGUGGAGAUGUACUCAGCUGGCUGUACUGGUGAUACAUGGUUACACAGUUUGGGCCCAUAAUUUGGUGGCCAUCUCUCGGCUGCGUGGCUCCAACCUUCGCGUCCUGACAGUCUCUGAGGAGAGCAUCGACUUUGAUCCGGACCAGGCAGUGUGCAUGGAUGGUGACCCAGUCCAUAACCUGGUCAAGGAGGUUUCUCUGGGCCUCGCCCGUGUCUGGCACCCUUGCCUGGAUUCCAGCCUGGUUUUGUCCGAACCCACCCAUCACUUCCACCAUGAGCUGCACGCCUUCAGCAUGGGCAUGUAGGCAGGGAUGGCAAGUCCAACACAUCACAGCCUAAACUGUGUCAAGACCAGUCCAGACCAACAAAGUCCAAGUCAACUCUAAACCAGGCCAAAGCAGACCUAAGUGAGAAAUCUAAACUGGAUCUUAAAACAAUCUAUGAAUAUCAUUUAUGUGAGCUGAUUGUUUUUAUUUUUUGUUUCUUUCACCGGAGUUUUAGCACACAAUCACGUCUUACCAUUUUCCAAAUGAUUCGCUGUUUUGCCUCCUGAUUAUCUAGUUAACUAGUGUCUUGGAAAAACGGAUAAAAUCUUUGAUGUUUUAAAUAGAUUUUCCAUUUAAGAAUAUCCCUUUAAAACUUGGAUAUUCUAAUAUUAACUUGAUAUUCAUUCAGUUAGAAGUCAUACCACUCUGUGAUUCCUAACCACAGACAAGACAUGAGUCAUGACCAUUUUUUUAUUUGUCUGCCAAAAUGGGUCACUCAUACUCUGCUGCUUCAAAUACCCUCUUUUCUGGCAUGGCCCAGUCUGGUCUGGUCUUGAUUGAAAAGUCUUCAGAGCUUGAUGUCUCCCCUUCACCGUAAUAACCUCCAGAGCCUCUGUAUGAUGUAACUUUGAUUUCCUGGACUGUUCAUCUCUCCCUGCUCUGUGUAUAAUCUUGUUUUCCUGUGUGGUGGUUCCCUUGCCUGUAAAGGCUUUGUGUGUAUUUAAAUACAGAUAUAUUAUUAUUAUUAUCCUGCUAACCGUGAGAACAGAACAGGACAGGCAGGCAGGGUUGGGUGAUGGGCCGGUGGGAUUUAGGGUGGGAAAUGCUUUACUUGUAAACAUGUUUUUUUUUUUUGUGUGUGUGUGUGUUUUGUUUUUUUUAAACCUCUGCUCUGUGUUGGUCUGUCUGUUAGCUCAACUCUAGCAAAGGUUGUAGUUUGUAAACUAACCUAUCAAUCGCUUCCUGGGUAACACAACCGUAGCUCCUGCUUCUGUUGCUCUGAAAGAGCAUCUUGUGCACUUGUCCACUAGUUAGAGAGCCUUGGCAGCAGAGUGGGAAUCUCCACUGUAAUGUGUCUGACUGUGGCAGGUGCUAAUCAGUUGUAAUGCUUUGUUCAGCAACAACCAUGUCAGUGCUAUGGCUCGGAUCAAUGGUUAUAUUGAGGAUUUUGAGCACCUUACUGAUGGUGUAACGGAGAAUAUUGUUUCCCACCCAGCUCACUUCUUGACUUUUUGGGAAACCUUGCUAGCCUCGUCUUACGACGACAUUCAGAGCCAAACUAUAAAAUGCAGCCUGUCACAAUAGAACACCCCCUCCCUAGCUCCAUUCUAUUUUUAUCUGUAGUGAGGUGGUGGUAAAUGUUGGCAUAUUUUUUCUAUAAUCAGGAUAUAGGAUAUAGCUGCUUUUGCUCUCAAUUAGAGGUCAAGACUUUCUGACUGGUAUCACUGGUUUCAGAGCCCUUUGGUAUUUAAAAGUAUUUGAGUCAAAGAAAAGAAAAGGAGUAUGCGUCAUAAUUUGAAGGGCUCUGAGAUUACAAAACUUACAUAUAGUUCUGCAUUAUUCUGAAAAGGAAAUGGGGUUUCAUUCCAUAAUGAUAUAUAUAUAUAUAUAUAUAUAUAUAUAUAUAUAUAUAUAUAUAUCAUAUAAUGAUCUUUGUGACUACCUCCAAAUUCUUGGUGUGGCCAUGCAAACAAAAUCAGUAUUCUGUAGGCUCGUGUUUUCAGAGGUGGCAAAUAACAAACCCAGGUUUUGCUGCCAUGCCAGCAAUGCAGAUUGUUGGUAGGAAGUAGUUUUCUCUCAAUAGCGGAUUUUGUGUUUUCAAGUAAAACAUUUCUCGAUAAAGAACAGGGAAAAGAAAAUGAUGCACUGAAUGUAACUAAACUCCCCUUCGGUUGGCCAGUCGGGAUUAAUGUUUUAUAUUGAAUGGCCUGCUGUAUAGCUAUUUUUGCCUCAGAUAUUUGGCAGAUGCAUAUCUUGCCACAACAGUCACGGCUACUGAAUAAAUGCAUUUGGACAUGGGUUCCACUGACAGCCAAGACUGGGUACAUUUUUGGAGAAGUGGCACCUACAGCACAACAAAACCUUUGGCGUGUUUCUAUGACGAAAAUAUUUACUGUCAGUCUCAGGUAGGCUUUUAACAUCACUAUGACCAGGACAGCGGUGGUGAUAAUGUCGAGUACAGCAUGUAAAACAAUCAAUUGGUGUGAGAUAUUGUUGUCGUUUUUUGUUGUGUUUUUCCUCUUGAGUCACAGUUGCCUUGGAAACAGCCCCUUGUUUUCUGGAUACAGUUGUUGUUGUUAUUAAUAAUGUUUAUCUUGCCAUCUGAUAACCUCGCUCCACCUUGGUUGGGGGAUCAGUAAACCUAAUCAUACAUUUGUUUUCAAAGAUUAAGGUUGAUAGACUAAAGAAUGGCAAAACAAGUCUGCUCAUUGCACAUGUUUUCUAUCUCCAGUAGAUGUUGUUGGAGGACAGAGAGCGGCUGUGGAGUGAAGGAAAAUCCAUGCUGUCAAUGGACCUGCUGGGCCAAAAUUUAUAAAUUAAACAAUGUGAUUCAGGCUCUGUGGAAGUAAAAGCAUGUCAAGGCUCAGGACACUUACCCAGCAUUGUUGACCAAAUAUCUUGUGCUCCACACAAACCUAAUUGUGAGUAUGACCAGUGGAUAAAUGGCCCAAGAAUGCUUACAUCUGAUGCUCCUGUGUUGUGACUAUGGAAUGGUUAUUAGUAACAUCUGUGGUAGACUGGUGUCUUAUUAAGGCAUUUCUUGAGCCGAGUUAAGUGUUGGGUUGGGCUUUAGAGCACCUGUAACAUGCAUCAGUAAAUGUUGCAAGCAAGACAUUGUUAGGAAAGUUACCCUUCCAAAUGGCUUCAGCUCGCUUGUUUUGCACACCAUGACGCUUUAGAGGUUGGUGCAAUAGCACUGCAGACUGUGAAGGUCCAUAUCAAGGUCUGUAGUUUACAAGAUUGACCUGCAAUUUUCCCAUGGACUUAUAUGGAUCCUGAGUUACACAGUGUGCCAGCACUUUGCUAGGUUCAGAGGGAAUUGGUCCCAGUGGUUCCUAAAUGUUUGCUCAUCGGUUAUGGGACCUUGAUGGUUAGGCCUUGGUAAUAUCUCUAGUCCUUGGUCCAUAUCUAAGGCUGUCUGUGGCUAUAUAUAGAGCUCCACACUCAAAACACUCCAGAGGGGAUAGCCAUACCAACAUAACACAUUCAGACCAAAAUAUGUUGGUUUUUAUCUUAUUUUCUUCCUCCCCUCCUCCUAAUUGUUCCUCUCGUCUCAUUUUUCUAGAGCUAAACUUUGCUCUUUUAUGUGAGAGAUUUAAGCUGUUCGUAUUGUGUGUUGGCAUCACCUGAUAAGGAGGGGAAAAUCACGGCAAUCUUCUUGUAAUGUAAUUUCAAACUAGAGGGUCACCUGAGUGGAGCUAAUAGAUUUUUACUAACAACUUAUUUUAAAAAGCUGAUUUUACAAACUCCACCCUCAUACACCACAGGUGUUUCCUCCUCUGGUUCCUGUCUUCUCAGGUCCCCACAUGCUAUGGGCUCCAAACUAGAUCUUGACCGGACAAAUCAUUUUUGCCCAGAAUAAAAGGGGAUUGGCUGUGGGGGUUUUCUCAAGACUAUGGUCAGCUUGAGCGGGAAAAAAAUUUCAUCUAACUUUUAACAUUCCCAUUUGGAUAAUGUAUAAAAAAGUGCUGUUCUAAUCAUAAAUUUCACUCCCAUAAACUUAUGAAAAAGUCUUCCUGUAUGGAGGCUCCAUUAUCAAAAGUUCAUGUUUUGACAAUUUGCGAUUAUAGACAUAUUUCACAAUCUCAAAAGUGCAGAGAAAGAUGAGGGAUUAUAAAGACAAUAUGCGUGAGAGCAGAAAUGCACUGCAAAACAAUGGCUUUUUUGGGGGAUUCUGUUAGGUUUCACCAAUAGACACUAAAAUGUUAGUGAAGACGGCGUGGAUCGAGCUCUGUGUUGCCCUUGCAAGGAGAGAAGAGGUGAGACAAAGUUCUGCCAGUAAGCCAAUGCUGAUAGGCAAAUAUCUUUACACUCAACGACAAACAUGGUCACUGUACGGCCUAGCGUUUUAAAAACUUGAUGGAACAGCGGAACAAUGACUUAUCCCUGAUCUCGUUUUAUCAUUGCUAAUAGCUAAAUAUUGAGCCAUCUUGUGCCUGAAAGCUUCUGGAGUCUUACUGCUUUUCAAACCUCUGCUCUCCCCAAGUUAUUCACGUUGUGUUGUUUGUAGUUGUUGCUGUGAUUGUUAGUUCACUCCUUAGGGAAGCCGCAUUAGAAGCUAUAGUAGCUAGGGUUUCCGAAGAUGUUUCAGCACACAUGCUUUUUAUUUUCUCUUGGAGCGUGCCUGUAUUUUCUAAGCACGUUUUACAUGUAAGCUUUCAAAAGUGUACCCAAUAGUAGUUUGUAAAUAAGAUGGUUUGACUGUGUGUGUGAACAAGUUGUCACUAGUGCAGCCGUCAUGUUCUCUGCAUGCAUGUGUGUGUAUUGAGGGGGGGGGGGCUUGCUCAUGUUCUGCAGUGUAGUUUUAUCACUUCUACUGCAGCAGGAAACCGCAACAGAAAAUUCUUUGUUCUCAGGGUACAGUCAGUUUUCAAACAGAGGAGGAGGGAAAGUUACAAUAGCUCAGGCCUCUAGCUCACGUAUAAGAGUAGUAGGAGUCACUGGAUCUGUUCUCCUCCCUUGUUGUGUUUUAAGCUGCCAAAGACCAGAGUGGAACAAACUUAACCCAGACACAAGUCUAUCUGAAGUGCCCAUGUACACACACACUGGCAGGAGGCUGGUCCAGUAUUAUUUCCUACUCUACUAAUACCUUUCUCCUCCGACAUGUCUUCUUUUUCAAUUACUCUUGGUGGUUCCACUCCACUCGCACCCUGACUACUACCACGCUUUUGACAUACUAUGGACCAUACUGUUCUGGACCAGGUCAAAUGUCAACAGUCUUGUCCUGUGGUUGGCGUGAAAAGAGACCAAAGCAGACCUGCACGCAAACAUUUGGCCAAUGUUGUGUUAGUGGCUGCACCCUAUGUUAAGAAAAUGUAGGAUUUCACACUAGCUGUGUAGAAUGUGUGUUAUGGAAGGCGCAGUUGGACAUUUAUAACCAACAUAUGUUACUUAGUAAAGGUAAGCAGCGUUGUAGCACGGCUUGUACAUUGUGGCCAAAUUCCUAUCUGUGAAUGGCACUCAGGGUCUACACACUGCAUGUUGCUGAGGCAUCAUAGAGCAAAGCAAGGCCUUUCUAGUCCAGCGCAGUGUCCUUCUAUAGUGUGACAAAGGCUGAAGCAGAGACUGGCCACUAUAUUGCUCCCCUACUCUCUUUUUUUCCCCCCAUCACCUGUUUCACUGUGAGGAGUGAGUGAAUGUAAAACUUAAGGCGAGGAGGACAAGGAGUUUGGUUAAAUCUCAGAACACGUCAGGGACUAAACAUUCCCCCCGAUGCUUCCUGAAGCUACUGUCUGACAGAUUGUAGCCUCCCAGCUGGGACACAUGCCAGUGUGCCUGAUUUGAUAUGUUGCACGGCAAGCCUGUGGCCAAGGUCAAAUUUGAUGGGAAGUGUUUAGUCCCAGGCUUUUAGAGCUGUAAAGUGAUUUGCUGCUAGAGAUCUGCUAGGAACAGGACAUUCCACAUGGGGGUCGCUAAGGCCAUCUGACUUGCAAACAGUUUACUACAAGGCUAAAGUGUCCGCAAGAAAAUUAGACUCUAUAUAAAUAUAGACUUUAUUUAAAUUUCUUUCUAUUUUUUACUUUGUUGGUCUGUUUUUUGAAGGGACACCAGAUUACCAGCUGGUCUGAGCACAGUGGAGGUGCGAUACCAUUUAGAAGUGGUUAUUUAAAGAACUGUGUGUUUCUGCAAUGGCAAGUUUUGCUUUCACUUGAUGCUUCAGCAUCCUGAGGGCAUUUUGUGACCUUUUGUGUCCGGUACACAAAAGGUGUGAAAGAAAAACUGUGAAAGAAACUUACACUUUAACUUACACACACUGUGUGCUAAACAUAAAGACUAGUUUCUCUUUUCACAAAAUAAGUUGGUUUCAGCUAUUGAAUCAAUCUGACAGAUUAAAGACCUUCACAAUACAGUAAGAGGAAGUUUGUCUGCGUAUUUAGUACACACAUGAAUGCACACAGAAGUGACAGUACAUAAUCCCUAUGGAUACACAUGGGCACCUUGUGUCUGGGCUGGACUUAUUUACACACCAUAUGCAGAGAGAAGUUUGUGUAUGACUAUACUACACUGUGUGCACACAGAAAGACGGAUCUAUGCUCGCAGAGCCUUACUUUUAACGAGUUCUGCCAUUAAAUGGUUUGAAGGCUCCAGAGGCGAGAUGAGGCGUCGGUUAUUCAGGAGACCAUUACCAGCAGAUAUGCUGGUACCAGAUAUGGUCACAGCCAGUUCCAUCUGCCCUUUUGACCCAUUUGAUUUGUUUUUGUUUAAGUUUGCUCUUAAUAUGCAUUCUUAGAGAAAUCCUGGAAGAAAUCUGGAACCCUGUGGCCUGAUGGGUAAUUGAAUCCAUAUAGCAGCCCUCUAAUGUACUCCAUCUGAGACAGUUGGGCUUGACAGCUUAUUAAAACUGUUGUGAUCGCAGUGCUAUAGAUAUACAGGGAUUUGAGUACAUCUGUCCUACCAGGCCCCAUAUACAUUACAAAGAGUUGGGUGCUAACACUCGAUAACCAAAAGUAAUACCAUUGAUAUGGACAGAUGUGUGAACGACCAGCGUGUGUUAUUUUAGUACCAAAGCAGCCAACUGUGUCAGAUCUGCAUCAGUCUAAACCGGCUUACAGCCACAGGCAGACACGCAUCCGACAUUAGUUUCAUUUCCACUUAGAUCAUUACUCAGACUCUAUGCCAGCUUGAGAGUUUGUGAUCUUGACUUUCUGGAUGUUUGCAAUGUUGUGAAAGUAUACUUAAAAUAGGUGUAGAAAAGAGGUAGUAAGAUGCUUCUUGGCCUAAAACAUGUUUUUGAAAGGAUUACCAUUAAGAGACAGGGUUUCCUCAUCACAAUGUGAGAUUUCAGAUGCUUCCUGUUUGUUUUAUGUUUUUACCUAAAUGCUAUGACCAUGGACUACUACCAGACAUUGAAUGGGCUCACAUAGGGCUGGACUGUGAAGAAUCUCAUUAAAACCCUGACAAAUGUUUCUGUAACUUAGGAGAAAACACUGGAUGUGCAUUGCACUGAUAUCAAAUCAGUCCUGUGUAACAGAUGUAGGUAGAUGUGAAUAAGGCUAGAUAAAUUGUCAGGAAAGAGGAGGUACACACAGAGUAAAGGUCAUUAGCCACACUGAGAUUCUUAGAGAAAGUUGGGAUUCCCCAGGUUUCCAUUUCAGCCAUAGCUGAAGACAAAUUUUCCAGCCAGCUUGUAAUGAUGAUCUUAGCAUAAGGGUGAUAUUAACGGGAAUUAUUUUACACUUUCGCCACAUUGUAUUUCUAGAGAAGAAAUUAAAAAAAAUAAAAAAUAGCACUGAAAGCAUAACCUGGCCAAACUCUGUCAGUAGCUGUGGUGCAUACCCCGGACGUUGGUGUAGUGCCUGGCUAUAUCAAGGAACUGAUAGAUAUUCAUGCUCAGUGUCAGCCAACUAUCUUCAUUAAGAUCUCAGCUCCCGUGGCUCUGAGGUUUCUGGCUGCUAAACAAAGUCUUUCUUGUCAAGUCUGGAGAGCCAAACUUCCUAAUUAGCCAGGCAGGCAGGCAGGCCUGCUGUCCAUUCCAGCCGCACAACUAUGCAAGAGGAAUGCAUAUAAUCCACACUCUUCUCUAUUUUUUUUUUCUUCAGUUUUUACGUUUUAGUUUUUCUUUUUCUCACUGCCACGCAGUAGUAAUGAAGACGUAAACUAAUAAGAACUUGCAAUGACAAUACUUGGCCUUAUGAUGAUUUAUGAAAUCUUAUCAUUUAGUUUUAAGAUCUUUUGAUUCUGUUCAGCCAGCCCAGCGACAGCAGCGGUGACGGCGGGCUCACUCUUGGUCUCUGUGAGACUGGCUAGAUGGCCCCAGUUUUAUCGUGGUACGAAUGUUGUGCAUUUGUUUAAAAUCAGGACAGUUUGCAAUAACAGCAGUCUUACUAGUGGCCACAAAGGGGCACGAGCAGUGCUGACAGCGCCCGGCUACGUCUUAAGAAAACCAUAGAGGAAGAAAUAUAAACUAUAUAAAUAGAUAUAUAAACUCACACAGUGCAUAUUUGUAUUAGGUAUCAACAAUGCAUUAAAAUGGUAUAAUCUUAUGCAACACAUGUCCGGGUUCAAUUUAUGAACAUGAAGUAUAUUAUAAAAUCACACAGACUUUGUAAAUCAGAAGCUAUGUUGUUGUGUGUUUUUUGCGAAAAUGGGUUUACCAUCCUUAAUGUUGAAUAUUCUGAGCGUUAUGUUCCUGUGUGAUUGUGUUUGGUAAAGUGAGCACAUAGCAGUGGGUUUUGCCUUCUUUCUGUAACCAGAUGUAACGCAAAACACAGCUGGACAGCUGGAAUUCAAAUGACAUGUACAAUAUUUUAAUUACAUUUCAUUUGAUUCUUAAACCCUUUAUUAUCUGGUCUGUACAUGUGAGUGAAGGCAUGGAUUAAGACUUGUUCUAACCAGCAAAGAAAAGUUCCACUCCGAAAACGUACCUGUAUUUGUCCAUAUAUAAGAACCUUUUAGUUGAGAACAUGGCUUAAUCUACAUUUGUGAAACUGCUCUUUUAAAUUAAAGACUAAAAUAAUAUAAACCUCUGAUUUGAAACUUGUCCAGCUGAUUUUCAUUUUAGUGUGCAGGGAAAGAGUCCUCUCCAGCUGCGAGGACAGCUUUUAUCAUAGAGAACAGUGUUGAUCCAUGGUUCUGUUGUGGAGAAAAGGGAGGGUACGUUCCAAACCUCCAUGUUAACCCUCUGGCAUACACUUGAGGGGUCAACCUGCCGAAUGUCGAUUUGAAUUAAUGUUGAAUGAAUGCUUCUCUUCUUUUAGUCAGUGAAUAAAAACAUGAAAAAGUU